AUGGCAAGCACACAACAAACAGUUGGCGCUCCAAGAGAAAGGUUGUUAGCCCUGGAAAAAAUUGAAAAGGAUAUUUCAACAGCUAUACAAAGCGCAGGUCAGGCACUUCAAGAAUUAUCGAAGGACAAGCCAGCACUGAAGCAUGUUGAGAGUCACACAUCCAACUUUCUGAAAACCCUGCAAGAAAUUGAGAAUGGAUUAAGUCAGCAAAUUAGCUACUUAAGUCAAGUUUCUACAAGUCACCCACAUGAAGGCUCCUCUUAUGCAUCACAAAAGGACCUUCAGAUGGCCAUGCACCGGUCGGAACAUGUCAAGAGCCGUCUCGGUGAAUUAGAAAAAAUCAAACAGGAGCAUAUAAGGCAGAAGCACACAGGAGUCGUCCGCAGCUACUCUAUACCAGAGUCACAGACUCUACAACAGCAGCCGCACACACCACAGCAGCAGCAACAGCCACACACACCACAACCGCAACAACAGCAGAAGCAGAGGGAUCAUCAGAGAGAGCAACAAGCUCAGUUAUAA